AUGGCUUCCUCUUCACCCAAAUUGAGCAUUAAACUUCUGAUUGACACAAAGCGUGAGAAAGUUCUCUUUGCUGAAGCAUCAAAAGCAGUAAUAGACUUUCUCUUUAACUUGCUUUGCUUGCCUGUUGGUACUGUAGUGAGGCUCCUAAAGAAGAAUGGCAUGGUGGGUAGCAUAGGCAAUCUCUACAAGAGUGUUGAAUUCCUCAAUGAAACAUACAUGCAACCUGACCAACAUAAGGAUGUUCUCUUGAAGCCAAGAGCUCAUAUCUCUUCAACUGAAAUCUCUGGCCUUCUUCCUGCAAACGAUGGAAAUGCUGAUCACAAUUUAGAAACUUCGUUAUACAUGUGCUAUAAUAGAUGUUACUACAAUGUGUCGUACGAUGACAAUACUCCUUGUCCUCACUGCACCGGUACCAUGAACAUUAAAGUAAUUUAUGUCGGCAAGAAGGUUGCAGAAGAGAAAAUUUCAAAUAGUGGUUUUGUUAGAGAGGUUGUAACAUACAUGGUGAUGGAUGAUUUAGUGGUUGAGCCCAUGUCAAUUAUAUCAAGUAUCACAUUGAUGAACAAGUUCAAUAUCAAGGAGGUUGGUGCCUUGCAAGAAAGGGUGGUUGAGUUGGGGAUGGUUGAUGAAGGGAUUGGUAUUGGGGAAGGGAAGGAUAGAAAAGAAUAG